AUGGGUAGUUUGAAGGCUCCGGGGCCGGAUGGAAUGUCUGUUCUCUUCUUCAAACAUUAUUGGAACUCGGUAGGGAAGGAUUUCUGUGAUGCUGUGACAGACUUCUUCCUCACUGGAAAUUUGCAUAGGGGAUUCAACACUACUAAUGUGACACUCAUUCCUAAAGUCCCUAACCCAAAGAAAGUGUCUCAGUUUAGGCCGAUUGCUCUGUGCAAUGUCAUCUAUAAGGUGAUCUCCAAAGUUAUUGCUAACAGAGUUAGAGCGAUCCUCCCGAGACUGAUUUGUCCUACCCAAGCUGCUUUUGUCCCGGGUAGGAGCAUUCAGGAUAAUAAUGUCUUAAUCCAAGAGAUUAUCCAUUCUUUCAAGAAAAAGAAAGGGAAGGAGGGCUUUUUUGCUAUCAAAAUUGACUUAGUUAAAGCGUAUGAUAAGUUAAGGUGGUCUUUUAUUGAUCAUGUCCUGUGCAGCUUUAGGGCUCCUGAGAAGUUUCGCCAUUGGGUCCGUCAAUGCCUCACAACGACAUCUUUCAACCUCCUGCUCAAUGGUAGGAAGAUUAGUGGGUUUAACCCAGAAUGUGGCAUUCGGCAAGGGGAUCCUCUCUCCCCUUACAUUUUUAUCUGGGCGGCGGAAAUUCUUUCACGUAUCCUGGAGAAUGCCCUAAACUGUGGAACUAUAAAAGGUAUUAAGUUGAGCAGAGAUGGCCCAUCUUUGUCCCAUCUUUUCUUUGCCGAUGAUCUAAUUCUGGUGGGCAGGGCAAAUUUGAUUGAAGCCAAGGGGAUGUGGCAGUGCUUAGAGAAAUUCUGUGAUUGGUCGGGCCAAAGUAUUAACAAGCUCAAAACUUCCAUUUUCUUCUCUGGUAAUACGAGUAUCGGGAUGAAGAGGAGUAUUAAACAGGCCCUGGGGCUCAAUUGUGGAAUGGGAAACAUAAAUUAUCUGGGGCUCCCCUUGUUUAGAUCCCGUCAAAAGGAUGCCGACUUCAACUUCAUCCUGGAUAAUUUGGUUAAGAAGUUGCAUGGGUGGAAAUUAAAAUCACUUUCUAAGGCAGGGCGUGCCACGUUGAUCAAAUCUGUUGGCCUUGCAUUGCCUGUUUAUACCAUGCAAACGACGAAACUCUCAAAAAAACUGGCUUCAAGAAUUGACGGGAUGGUAAGAGACUUUUGGUGGGGUUGUGAACAAGGUAACAGAGGGAUCUGUCUUAGGGCUUGGGACCACCUGUGCCUACCCAAGUCUCAGGGCGGUCUUGGAUUUCGAAAAUCUUUGGAAAUGAACCAAGCCCUUUUAGCCAAGUGGGGUUGGGAUCUUCUCAAUGAAAACCAGUCAUUAUGCUGCAAGGUGCUUAAAGCGAAAUACCUACGGGGUAGACAAUUCUUUGAUUGUGAUGUUAAGAGUUCUGACUCUUGGUUUUGGAAGAAUGUGGUGCGUACAAAAGAGAUACUAAAGGAAGGGGCUUGCAGACUAAUAGCUAAUGGGAGUGAUACAAGCAUUUGGAAUGACCCAUGGGUUAUACAUGGCAGGGAUUUUUACCCUAAGCCCAAGCACAACUACCAGGGAACACCUGAAUUUGUGUCGGAUCUGCUUUUACCUGACGGGAAUUGGGACAUCCGGAAGCUCAAUGAUCUCUUUCACAGGGAUACAGUUAAUAGUAUCCUGAGGGGCGGUAAACCGAGUGGUCAGGGUAGGGAUAGAUGGAUCUGGAUUAAGAACUCUAAUGGUCGAUUCUCUACCAAAUCGGCCUAUCUUAUCCAAGCUAUGAAACGGGCUCCGUUGUGUAAUGUAGCUCCGAAUUUGUGGAACAAGCUGUGGAGUUCAAAAGUUCUGGAGCGUCACAAAGUCCUUUGGUGGAGUAUCCUCUCGAAUACGCUACCUGUUAGGGCUAUCCUUUCUAAGAGAAUGGUUAUUGAUGAAAUCACCUGCCCCUUUUGUGGUAAUGGUGAUGAAACUAUGGAGCAUUUAUUUCUCUAUUGCGAUCUGGCGUCCCACCUUUGGAGAUCUUCCCCCUGGGGAGUUAUGCCUGUUGUAGAAUCUGGGGCCCGUAUGUGGGACUGGGUUAGUUUUCUUUGGAACCUUAGGACCAAAGGAGUGGAUACGGAUGGGUUAUUCCUUUAUGCUUCUAUCGUGGUUGACACGAUUUGGAGGGCUCGAAACGACAAGGUUGCUGAUACUCUGGGUUCGUCCCCCCCGCCUGAAGAUUGGGUCAAGAUCAACUGCGAUGUCAGAGUCGGGUUGGAAUCCAUGUGUGUGGUGGCAAUUGCCAGAGAUCAUACGGAAUCAAUUUUGUGGGUGGCGACUAACAAGCUUCAAUUCACUGACUCUCUUAUCGGGGAAGCAGCGACUUGUUUGUUAGCUUUGGAGACGGCGACCACAAUGCAUCGCCCUUUUGUUAUGGUGGAGAGUGAUUCUAAGAUAGUAAUCAAGAACCUAGAGGGUAUCGAUUCCUUUUGGCAGCUUGAGAACUACGCAAGACAAUGCAAGCAUCUCUCUACUUUUUUCACUUGCUGUAAUUUUUCUUAUAUUUCUAGAAACUGUAAUUUUGCGGCCCAUAAUGUGGCCAAGUGGGCGUUUGCCAACAAUAUUUCUGGUAUGGUAGAAGUCUCUACUAUUCCGAGUAAUUUUUUCUGUAAUGACCGUGAGGCAUCUCUUUUGUCUUUUGCUACCCAACAUAGAGGUCUCCAAAGAGUUGAGAUGCUUGAAAUAGAGCUUUUCCAGACUAGAGAACAUUGCGAGAAGAAAAUUCAAGAGCUCGAGGAAGCAAACAAGGCUACCCAGGCCAAUGCUGGUAGAAAACUUGAAGAAGCCAAGGCUGACGCCAAAAAUAGGUCUGGGGAGAUGCUAGCUUAUUGCGAGCAAACUAAAAAGGAGGAAUUCGGCACUGCAGAAGAUGAAGUUGAUGAUGAAGAAGAAGAAGAUCCAAUUAAGUCUCCAACAAUGUAG